AUCACAUCUUCUUUUCUAGCACCCGUAAUUCUAUAUGCUCCCAUAACAUGGCCAAACAGCUCUACCUGUGUUCGCUAGCCGAACUCAAGUUAGACCUGCAGCGUUUCCACAACAAGAACGACAUAAAGCCCUGGCUCCUGGAAAAGCUUCGUGAGAUAGCCGGACUUCAAAUUGUCAUCGAGCGUUCAGAUACUUCCAAAAUCGUUUUCAAAUGUAAAAACAACGCCAAAAAGGAGAUUGUAGAGGCAAAAACAUCGAACUGCAAAGUGGCUUCACGUCGCCAGAUCACAUGUCCCUUCAGAAUUAGGGCCAAUUUCUCCCAGAGAAGCCAAUGGUGGGCCCUUGUAGUUAUCAACGAUACCCACGACCACGAAAUCCCUGGAAAAGGCAUUCCAGUAUCGCCAGCCAGCGGAGAACAAGGUCAUACUGUAAACUCAGGUAAUAGUUCAAGUAGUAGUAUGGAGACGAUCAACCAGAAUACUAGAAAAAUCGAUACUAUGGAAAUAGACAGCUUGAACAAUAACAUGAAUAACAACAUCAACAACAUUAAUAACAUCAACAAUAACAACAUCCACAACAUCAAUAACAAUAUAAACAGCAAUAAUAAUGUGAGAAAUAUUGACCAUGUAUCAAAUGUCUCGUAUAGUCCCAAUGGAGUGAACCAUAUUCCUAUUAAUAACAACCAUAAUGUCAAUUAUUCUUCCCACAAUAGCCCAAUCAACAUCAACCAUUCCUCGAACCACAACGCCACGAUCAGUCAUAUAAAUGCUGUUAGCCAUAGUCGGUACUUCGAGUCGCCUACUGACAAUCCUGCGUUUGUGCAUAACAUCCUCAACUCAGAUGAUCCAGUUUCGUCUUCUUCUCAUUCUACGAAAUCAUCGUCUUCUGAUGUUUUUAGUCUCAUAGGAUCAUCCACGACGCUUAAUUCGACAAUGCUAUCAUCUCACACUACGCCUCGUGACAAUAAUAACUCUAUCUUUCUGAAUGGACUAGAUGAAUCGUUUUCUCCCUCUAAUGCAAUUUUGAACAGUUCGCCUAAGAGAAAACGACCUUCUGGAUCACUUCCUGGAUUCAAAAGUAAACGAGUCUCUGAUAUUCCGAAAUCUAGCCCCAAGAUAAAACUGUUGUCUCUGUCUGAAAUGGUGAUGUUGGCAUCAUCAACUGCUGGCACUCGCAGCAAUAAUUCUGUAUCUAACUCUAAUGCUUCCACGUCUACAAAGAGAGCAAAGCAAAUGGACGAUGUCACUCUGAUGAUGCGUAACGAAAUCAAUUCCAUCAUCCAGCGCCAUCUAAUCAAUAACAAGGGCCUCAAGAGGGACCAAAAGCUUGCAGUGUUGGAUUCACUCAUGUCGCAGCUAGUUGUAGAUCAUGAAUUGUUGAACAAACAGCUUUUGAACCCAUUUGAAAACUCUCAUUCAACAAAAAACGCCCAUUCCGUGGACCACUCGCUUGUAAAGAAUAGAGAACUUGACCAAGUUCUGCUGCUGCUGAAUCUGAAUCACUUGUCACUAAAAAAAUCUGCGUUUAGUAACUGGCUCAAUAACCCCAACCAGGUACAUACUGUGGGUGGAAACCCUAGUGCUAACCUCAUUCCAUUAUCACCAUUAUUGAAUGAUUCUGAUACAGAAUACAACUCUAGCAACACUGCAUCCUUGAAUAACAACUCCAUCGAUACGUUGACUCAUCUUCCACCGAAUAUCACACCUACUAAUGUGAUGUCUGUAGUCAAUUCUCAUUCUUUGUCCAACUUCAGCAACUUUGUUACUCCAAGUCAGGUUCUGCAGAUUCAGAACCAGAACCAGCAGUUGCCGUCGUUUAACUCGAUUCAACACAAGCUUCCGCUAUCACCUGGUGGUAGUGGUGGUGUCACUAGUAGUAGUGGAGUCAGCAGUGCGUUGAUUCCUCCCAUCAGUAACUCUAUUCCCAGUACUACUUUGAAUCCUUCCCAUCUCUUGAAGUCCAAUACGAAAAGUUUGAACUUCAAUUCUGGCCAGCCAUCGUCUUUUUUGACUGAAGCCAAGAACAAUAGCUACUUCACCAGUCAGCUGUUCAGUAGUAGCCAUACAUACAGUGGAGGAUUGGGCCAGUUUAGCACUUCUUCGUUACUUUCUGGCUUGAGCAUUCCGACGGCUCAAUCGACUUCUGCUAACAAUAACAACAAUAUUAACAAUACUAGUCUUGCUUUUGGUAGCAGCAACAUUCUGACAAACAUUGGCUCUGGCUCCAAUAGAGACAAUCUGUCAGUCGGAAACACCUCCAAUCUCCUGAGUCUGGGAAUUCUUAACAAUGUAGGCAAUUUCAGCGAGUCUGGAUGGUGACUACGUUUUUAACGAUUACCGUUUCAAUUCUUCGACAUCUCGUUUAAUUUCAAUUUUAAUUCUGAUUCUAAUUCUAAAUCUAAUACUAAUUUAUGGUUUCAUUUCUUGUGAUAGUUUGGUGAAGUGUUUAUAGAGCGAAUAUAGAAAGAUAAUGCUGU